UAGCCGUAUAACCCACCAAAAACACACAAUAAAUUUCCUGGGACCAGCAGUUUCUUCUCAAAUUCAAUCCCUGUCUUUUUUUUAGAAACAGAAAGAGGGCUCUACGUUCUCAUCUUAUCCUUCACACAUUAUACACCUACAAGUUUCCUGGUGUUUGAACCAGUCAUUACAACCAUCAUAAUCAUUUUUGUAUGGCAGUUUUUCCACCGCAAAAAAGAAAGGAAGAAGAAUUCUCUGUACUAUCUGCAACUCCUUAUCUUCUAUUUUCUUCCAUUUCCCUGCAAGUAAUUGACCUCAGUAUCAUCACCAGCUGUGGCUAAAACCUUCUUCUCCAGUUUCCCUUGUCUUUAGUAAUGGCAGCAGAGUAUGCAGGCCGUAGGAAUUCCAAUACCAAGCUUCUGGACGAACUUGAAGCACUCAGUCAAUCCCUUUACCAGUCUCAUAUUUCCACUACAAGAAGAACUGCCUCUCUCGCUCUUCCUCGAACUUCAGUUCAAUCAAUCUCAUCAGUUGAUGAAACUGGCAUGGCUAAAGUUGAAGAGAGACCCAGCACCAGACCCCGGUCCAGGCGCAUGUCCUUGUCCCCUUGGCGGUCUCGGCCAAAGCUUGAUGAUGAGAAUGAGCAGAAGGAUGGAAGUAGGACAUCCAACCAAGUAAACACGAAGAGGUUCGAAGACAAAGCCACUUCGGGAGAAAAGAAAGGAAUUUGGAAUUGGAAGCCAAUUAGAGCUCUUUCACACAUUGGAAUGCAAAAAUUGAGUUGCUUGUUCUCAGUUGAAGUUGUAGCUGCCCAGGGCCUCCCAGCCUCCAUGAAUGGUCUCCGGCUGUCUGUCUGUGUUCGAAAGAAAGAAACCAAGGAUGGUGCAGUCAAUACCAUGCCUUCAAGGGUGUCACAGGGUGCAGCUGAUUUUGAAGAAACCUUGUUUCUUAAGUGCCAUGUAUACUGCACUCCUGGCAAUGGAAAACAACUCAAGUGUGAGCCACGUCCAUUUUUGAUUUAUUUGUUUGCAGUUGAUGCUCAAGAGCUUGACUUUGGCAGGAGUUCUGUGGAUCUGAGCCAAUUAAUUCAGGAGUCAAUAGAGAAGAGCUUUGAAGGCACUCGGGUUCGGCAGUGGGACAUGAGUUUCAAUCUAUUAGGGAAAGCUAAAGGAGGAGAACUUCUUGUAAAGUUGGGAUUUCAGACCAUGGAGAAAGAUGGAGGUAUUGGAAUAUACAAUCAAGCUGAGGGAUCAAAGUCGAGUAAAUACAAAAAUUUCUCUUCUUCUUUUGGCCGUAAACAAUCCAAAACGUCCUUCAGUGUGCCUAGUCCAAGGAUGACUAGCCGUAGUGAAGCUUGGACUCCUUCACAGACUGGAGCAACAGCGGAUCUUCAAGGUAUUGAUGACUUGAAUCUUGAUGAGCCCACCCCUGUUUCUUCGUCAACUUUACCCAUUCAGAAGUCAGAAGAACCAGAGCUAAAGAUGGAAGAUGAACUUCCUGAGUUUGACGUAGUGGAUAAAGGAGUUGAGAUUCAAAACAAGGAGUCAGCUGCAGAAGAAGAUUCAGACGGCACAGUUGGGGGAAGGUCAGUGUCAAGUGAGGUGGUUAAGGAGAUUGUGCAAGAUCAAGUACAUCUAACAAGGCUAACAGAACUGGAUUCAAUUGCUCAGCAGAUAAAAGCUCUCGAAUCUAUGAUGGCAGAAGAAAAAACAGUCAAAACAGAGGAAGAAGUUGGAUCACACAGACUAGAUGCAGAGGAAGAAACAGUAACUAGGGAAUUUCUCCAAAUGCUUGAGGAUGAAGAGAGUAACAAAUCCAAACCCAGUGAACCUGAAAUUCCCAUUCUGCAGCUUGAUGGAGCUGAGGAUUCUACAGAGACAGAAUCCAGAGUGUAUCUGCCGGAUCUUGGAAAGGGGAUAGGGUGCGUGGUCCAAACAAGAGAUGGAGGCUACUUAGCUGCCAUGAAUCCUUUGGAUACUCUAGUUGCAAGGAAAGACACUCCGAAGUUAGCAAUGCAAAUAUCAAAACCAUUGGUGCUUCAAUCACAUAAGUCUAUGAGUGGGUUCGAACUAUUUCAGAAGAUGGCAGCUGUCGGAUUUGAAGAACUUAGCUCUCAAAUUGUAUCUUUGAUGCCCUUAGAUGAACUGAUAGGAAAAACUGCAGAGCAGAUAGCUUUUGAAGGAAUUGCGUCUGCCAUCAUCCACGGAAGAAACAAAGAAGGCGCCAGCUCUAGUGCUGCUCGUACCAUUGCUUCAGUAAAAACCAUGGCAACUGCAAUGAACUCUGGCAGAAAGGAGAGGAUCUCAACUGGACUUUGGAAUGUGACUGAAAACCCGUUGACAGCAGAGGAAAUUUUGGCAAUUUCAAUGCAGAAGAUUGAGGCAAUGGCAAUUGAAGCCUUAAAAAUCCAGGCAGAUAUGGCAGAGGAAGAUGCUCCCUUUGAUGUCUCUCCCCUAAUGACAGGUUCAGGGAGUGGAAAACAUCCCGAUCAGCCCCUGGCUUCUGCUACUCCUCUGGAGGAGUGGAUUAAAAAUUAUGGCUUGACUUCAUCUGAUGAUGUACCAGGAGACCCAUCAACACUGACAAUUGCAGUAAUUGUCCAGUUGCGGGAUCCAAUAAGGCGAUAUGAAGGAGUUGGAGGCCCUCUCUUAGCAAUUAUACAUGCAGCGCAUGCUGAUGUCAAGAUUGACAAGUAUGAAGAGGAAAAGAGAUUUAAGGUAACCAGUCUGCACGUUGGGGGAUUGAAGGUACAGACAGGAAGAAAAAGGAACAUGUGGGAUACUCAAAAGCAGAGGCUCACUGCGAUGCAAUGGCUGGUGGCAUGUGGACUGGGAAAGGCAGGGAAGAAAGGAAAACAUGGGCCAUCCAAGGGCCAGGACCUGCUAUGGAGCAUUUCAUCAAGGGUGAUGGCUGAUAUGUGGCUCAAACCAAUCAGAAACCCAGAUGUAAAGCUUCUAAAGUAAAA